CAUCCAAAGGGGGAUAAGGUGACUAAGGAGAUGGGGGUGUAAGAUCGGAUUGAAAGGAACCAAGAUCGUGGUGAUUUGAAGAAGGUAGAUCUGAGCUGGGUAUCGGUGGCUCAAGAUAAGAAAAGGUUGACGAAAUAUGAAGUUGAGGUUUCGAAUGAAGAUGGGAAGCAUAGGGUUGAGAUUCCAGAUGAGAUACUUGCGAGUCCAACACCAUUGUGGAAGACUUUGUGAUUGGAAAAUUUCUGGAUCGCGCUCCUCAUGUCGGGAAAGUUCAUAUGGUGUUAAAUAAGAUAUGGCGAUAUGGUGAUGAAGCUGCAAAGGUGGAGGUGUAUGAGGUUAAUGACAUGGCGAUGAGAUUCAAAGUUCCAAAUCCGAAGGCAAGAGAAAAGAUUCUUAGAAGAGGUAUGUGGAAUAUAAUAGGAGUGCCGAUGAUUGUCUCAGAGUGGACUCCAACAAUUGAGGAAGAGAAAAAGGAAGAUGAAGCAAUUCCAAUGUGGGUAUAUUUGGAGAAAGUUCCACUCCACAUGUUCUCUUGGGAGGCGCUUAGUUUCAUCACCAGCACAGUGGGAUUCCCAGUGAAGUUACAUUCAGAGACUAUAUCUUGUUCGAAUCUAGAAGUGGCUAAAGUAUUUGUGAAGGUUGAUGUUUCUAAGGUCCUUCCAAAAGAAAUCACUUUCACAAAGGAGGGUAAGGAGUUUAUAGUGAAGUUCUAUUAUCCAUGGCUGCCAUCUAGAUGCAGUUCAUGUGACAAAUGGGGUCAUGUAGAGAAAGUAUGUGGAACAAAGGGUAAGGGGAAUAAACAAACCUCGAAUAACAAGAGUACGAGUGUCAAAGAGGUGGAGGUAGAAAUUGUGGGGAUAGAGGAGACAGAGAAGAGAAGUAGUGAUCAGAAAGAGAGUAAUCAAAUACAGGAAAAGGAGGGUAGAUAUUUGGGUCAGGAGAUUAAGGAAUGGUCGUUGGUUUCACCGACUAAGACUAGAAGGUCUCAAAUGCCGAUACUGCAGAAGAAUAUGGAGGAGAUUCAGAUAUCUGCUUCCAAAUAUUCUGUGCUUGAUGUGGAAGAAGUGGAGGAAGGUGAAAUGUCAGCGGGAGAACAGAAUGCUAUGGAGGCAGAGGAAAAUGAAAUGAGUGAUCAGUCAGGAAGGUCAAAGGAUGAUCUGUUAGAAGAUAGUAUUCUGGAUCAGCAGGAGAAGGUAAAGAACAUAGCAGGGGAGAAGAAGGGGUUGAGAGGAGGUCAGAAGGCUAAGACUCAGGAUGUAAAUCCUAUGAGUAAAAGCUCUUCUCGCCGUAAACACUAGCAUGUCAAGCUUCUUUUGGAAUGUGCGCGGAUUCAACAAAACUUUGAAACAUUCCAUUGUAAAAGAGUGGGUAAACAAUAAUGAGAUGAAGUUUGGAUGUAUAAUUGAAACAAGGGUGAAAGAAAGGAAGUCUACGGAGGUGUUAAACUCGGUGUUUAGUAGCUGGUCUUCGAUGACUAAUUAUGAGCACAGUCAAGGUGGAAGGAUUUGGUUAGUUUGAAGCGAAUCUGUUAGAAUGUCUCCGGUUUAUAAGACAGAUCAGAUGAUCACCUGUUCUGUUGGAUUGAAAGAGGAGGAUGAGUUCUUUUGCACGUUUGUAUAUGCGAAUAAUCUGGUAGAAAAUAGAAAGGAGCUAUGGGAAGAUUUAUGUCACCAUAAAAAUUCUAUGCUGUUUCACAACAAGGCAUGGAUUGUUAUUGGUGACUUUAACGAGAUACUUGAAGCGGAGGGAAGUUCAGGGUUUGAAGACUUGGGAAGAAUUCCGAGAGGUAUGAGGGAUUUUCGGAGGAUAGUUCUGCAUUGCAACCUUACAGACAUGGGCUAUCAGGGACCUAAGUUCACAUGGUGUAAUAAAAGGGAUGAAGGUAUUAUUUGCAAUAAGCUGGAUAGAGUACUCAUAAAUGAUGUGGCGUUACAUAUCUCUAAUGCAUUCUCUGUAUUAGAAGCUGGUGGUUGUUCCGAUCAUCUUCGCUGUAAGGUUCAAGUACUUCCUCCGAGAGAAAAAUUAAAGAAGCCGUUCAAGUAUGUAAAUGUUAUUGGAGGUUUACCAGAGUUUCUACCGAUGAUUCUCAAAGAAACUGAAGAAUCUGAAGCCGCUUAUAAGAGAACUUGGAAGAAAUAAGAUGGGAAAUCUACCAAAGAGAGUUGUAGAGGCCUAUAAAGAAUUAUGUGAGAAGCAGGAAAGAACAUUAUCAAACCCUAGUGAAGUGGCGGUUCAGGAAGAGGCAGAAGCAUAUGCGAAAUGGUUACACAUUGCGAGUCUAGAGGAGGGUUAUCUUAAGCAAAAGGCGAAACUCCACUGGUUAGAUGUGGGUGAUCAAAACAACAAAACGUUCUAUAACGCAAUCAAAACCCGCCAUGCUCAAAAUGCUCCGAAUGGGGUCACGGUCAAAACACAGUUGGAGAUAAAGAAUGAAGCGGAGAGAUUCUUUUCUGAGUUUUAAAACCAGUCCCCUGAUACUUAUGUAAGCACAACGGAGGAAGAGUUAAGAAAUUUGAUUGAUUUCAGAUGUACUUCUGAGGAGUGCAGGUUGUU